GUUUCGUAAGCGUCAUGUGAUUUUCGAAUGACGUUUAUCAGAAUAUUACUUGUAACUCUGCAUUUGAAGUCAGUCACCAGUUGAGAUAGUUUAUCCCAAUUUCCGCGUUUUAGCAACCAAGGUUUCAAUUAUGGGUGUUUGUAGCGUUACAGCAAAAUGUACGAUGGUAAUUCUGGCAGUUAUAUUUUGGGCGGCUGCUGCAGGAUUGGGAUAUGUUGGCAUCCAUGUAUUUGUGACUUACGGAAACUAUGAAGACAUCACCAAAUCAUACUACACAUUAAUUCCAGCCGGGAUAAUCCUAGGAGCUGCUGUCUUUCUACUGAUUACUGGUUUAGUUGGAUGUUGUGGAGCAUGUAUUGAAAGCAAAUGCUUACUUGGAACUUUUUUCACGCUGAUAUUGUUGAUUCUUUUGUUGGAAAUCACAGGAGCCGUUCUUGGAUUUGUAUAUCAUGGCGAGGUGAAAAAGAAUAUCCGAGAAGGUAUGGAUGAUGCCAUUCACAACUACAAUGGGAAUAAUGACUCGGCCGGUUCUGGCAGUGUGGACUAUAUGCAGGAAGAGUUGAAGUGUUGUGGAGUUUAUAACUAUACAGACUGGAAAGACACAGACUAUUUCAAGAAGACCAAGACUGUACCAACAAGCUGUUGUAAGAAUACAACGGAUUGCACUGGGAGUCUAGCCCCGACAGAAACUGACAAGCUCUAUCAGGAUGGGUGUUUUGUCAAACUGACUGACAUCUUCCAAGAUAAUCUCAAAUACAUUGCUGUCGCUGCAUGUGUGUUAGCCAUUAUUAUGCUUAUUGGUAUGAUAUUUUCAUGCAUGUUAAUCUGCAGUCGUAAGGAAGUACCAUAUGUGAGUCUUCAAGGAGAAUAUGCCUAGUCAGCUGUCAUUGCUAUUUGAUGUGCUGCUCAAUGUCAUUUACUAAGUUUUGUAUAAAAAAAAAAGGAUAACAGCGCAUUUCUCCAAUAAAUGUAAUACUGAAAGUUCUUAAUGUCCGGCCAAGAUAAAUUUGUACUUGUGUAUACACUGUAAACAUAUUGACAAUUACAGACUUUGAUGAUAAAUUUGUGAUUAGUUCAUUAGCGUACAUUCAAUAAUAAUAUUCUCCUGCAUAGGCCCCCAUUUGAUAUGCUUUGUACAUACAGCCAGGAGUGCAAAAAAAUAAUAAUAGACUCCCAAUGUGAAUUCAUUGCAUUCAUAUUCUGUAGCAUAUUUUGGAUCAAUUUGUGCUGUAUCUCUGCUAGUUAUUCCGAUCAUUUGUUUUGCAUUGAUGUACCAGCGUUUGCAUUUAAUUCUGUUUAAUUUGAACUGUUAUUUGUAAUGUGUAUAAUUAUAUGAACCAUCUGCAGGAUUUCUUUGAAUUUUUGAAUUCUGAAUAUAAACAGAUGUUUAAAAUCGUAUAUACCAGUAUAUAUAUAAAGAGAGGUAUGCCUGUUCAGAAAAGACAUGUCUGCAGGUGAAAGUACAUGUAAACGUUUAGUAUUUUAGUUAUUUAUAACAUGGAUUGGUUUAAGCUGUGUAUUUUGUUCUUUUUCCUAUUUUUUUCGAUUUGAAGACAGUUAUUUUAUACAUAAUAAGAUUACACAUGUAACAUUUGUCCUAUGGUUUUGUUCUAUUGAAAGCUCUGAUGUAAAUGACAGGUGUAUCUUUUUCAGUUAUCCAUUAUACAAUUAAAAGUAAUUUAAUUUAUUUUGUGCGAUUGGAAAA